GUGCGAGUAAUGUGAGGAAAUGGAGAAAUGCGAGUGUGCGUUGUGUAAGUGACGUGACCUUGAAAUAUUUGCUAUGGAGGGCUUUGUUUCAGUAGAACAUAGACAAUAACUCGCGUCGUUCUGAUAACACACUCGUGCACUAUAUAAACGUGGUCUACAAGUAGGAACAUCAUUCAGUCUUCAGCUCCUCGUUGAACACAAACGAACAUCAAACAUGUCUAGGCUCGCUGUUCUGUUGGUCUGCAUCCAAGCUUGCUUGGUCCAGGUAGUGUUCGGUCAGUACCUCGGCGGUGUUGGCUGCGGGUGUGGAGCCCCAGCUUUAGCUCCUGCUCCUGCUCUGCUCGCUCCUGCUGCUCCAUGUGGUGGUGCCCUCGGUCUUGGUGCUCUCGGUCUUGGUGCCAUCGGAUCUGCUUAUGGUGGCGCACUUGCUCCUGCUGCUGCAUACGGAGGUGCUGCUUACGGCGGCGCCGGUGAAGGCAACGUGGCGGUCCUUGGUGAGCUGCCAGUCUCCGGUACUACUGCUAUCGGUGGUCAGGUCCCCAUCAUGGGCGCUGUGAGCUUCGGCGGCGCCGUGCCGGCUGCUGGAGCCGUGUCUAUCUCCGGAAAGUGCUCGUGCGGCUGUGAACCUAUCGUUUGCUACUAAAACCUUAAUGCUGCGUUGUUCAUACUUCACGUUAGCUACAAAUAAACGAUGAUACAGCAAGA